ACGUCAAUACUUAAACAUUUAUACUUGAAUCUAAUAAAUAACAUCAAUAUUUAACUUUUAUACUCAUAAAAUAAAUAAUAAAAUAAUUUUUAUCAAUUAAAUUCACUAAAAUAAGGUCAUUUUACUUAGAGAUUUAUAUAUCGAUCAUGCCGGUCAUACCGGUAGUGUCACGCCGGUUUUAUGACUGGUACUGGUUGAACCAGGUUCAAUCGGUGGCACGCCGGCCGGCGUGACAAAUGUUGCUUUUAGGUUUCGCAUUCUUUUCAGUUUGAUUUAGCUUUUUAUGUGUUGCUCUAUUAGUUGAACUUGACAGUUGGAGAUCUGCAUGCUUCGACUACAUUAAUGUCACAGUGAGUCAGCACCCUUCUCUCUUGCUUUAAGCCUUUAACCCUUGAGAUUUCUAAGGGCGCCGCCGGCACCUGUUGGUGACCGGCGGCAGCCCAUCCUUCUUUCAUGUUUUUUCCCGUUUCUUUCUUCCAUUUUCCAGUUUCAUGUUUUGUUUUUUCAUCUCUUUGUUGUUGUAUUUCCAGACAUCGAUUGGCUCUGUUUUUCCCCUUUAUGGGUCUCCUUCUGCUCCUUAAUUGGAUUGAGAUUUUGUCCUCUGAUCUGAUAUAUCAGAUCUGGAGAUGUUGCUGAUCUUAGAUGCAAAGGAGGCCGGAUCUCUUUGAUUUUGGCUUGUCUUCUCCUCCUCUCUCUUUUUGUCUACCUCCUUGUUUCACCUUGCAGAUCUUGGUGGUCCGGAGAUGUGGCUCUCAGCUUUGGACUCGGAGUGAAGUUUUUGAAGACAGAAGGUCACCACCAUGGUCUGUCACCGGCCGCCCUUUCGACCAGAAGUUGCUCGCUUUGAUUUGUCGGUGUGGAGCUGCUGGAGUUUGGUCCGACGAGGAGUUGGUUGGAACUUUGCAUGCUGUUCUCGUUGUCCUCAGUUGGGGGUGGUUGGCUCCAGCUUUCCUUUCUUCGUGCUUGGCCGUCAUUCCAUGAUGUCGGGUGGUGGGAGGAGGGUUUGCUAGGGGCUGCCAACGGCGGUGAUGGUUCCAUGGGCAAACAUUAGGCAGCUAGGGUUUGUUUUCAGGACUAGGUUUGGGCUUUGAUUGGGCCCUAUUGGGUCUCCAAUCUGUUGUUGGGUCUUUGGGUUUGGGUCUUGAUCAUUGGGGUUUGGGCGUCUAAUGUUUGUAUAAUGUGUACUUUUUCCAUUGGGCUUGUCCCAUUUGCAAUCUAAAUGAAACUUUCAAAAAAAAAAAAAAAGAGUCAGUGACUUCUAUAUGAAAUGUCACUCAAAACAUGAGUGUGUGAUUUAGUUUGUUUCUUAUUAAGGACACUCUAAACAUAUACUUUGUUCAACUAUAUCAUUGAAUACUCUAAAGUCAAUGGAAAAGUCGAAACAUUUUAUCGUAUACUGAAGAUUGAUUAUGCAUGUAUGAUGUAAAACAACUCUUACCAUUGUUCUUCUUAGACGUUUUUAUAUCAAUACGAUUUCGUUUGAAAAUAUGUAAUUAUGUUAGUGUAGUUGGACAUUGUUCGUCAUUUUUAAAACUUCGUUAGUCAAAUACAUUAAAUACUUUCCU